AUGGCACGAACUGGUGAUGUUACAGCUAUCAACGAGUUUGAGCACAGUGAAACCAGUAGUAAGGGGUGGGUACAAGUUGAAUUUUAUGUAAAUGAAAAUACAUUCAAGGAGAGGCUGAAACUUUUCUUCAUAAAAAACCAAAGAUCAAGCUUACGAAUCCGACUUUUCAACUUUUCCCUGAAGCUUCUUACAUGUCUUUUGUACAUUGUGCGCGUUUUGUUGGAUGAUCCAACAGAGGGAAUUGGAUGUUGGGGUUGCCCAAAGCAGAAUUAUACACCUGACCCUAAUUCCACAGAAAUAAGCUGGUCACCCAUCUUGUGGGUGAACAGAAGAUUUCCAGUUUGGGCAAUUCAGGUUAUUGUGGCCUUAAUAAGCUUCAUGGAAGCCAUGCUGCUGACAUAUCUGAGCUAUAAGGGAAAUAUCUGGGAGCAGAUCUUUCGAAUAUCAUUUAUUCUGGAGAUGAUUAACACAGUCCCCUUCAUUAUUACAAUUUUUUGGCCUCCAUUAAGGAACAUCUUCAUUCCAGUGUUUUUGAAUUGUUGGUUGGCAAAGUGCGCUCUUGAGAAUAUGAUAAAUGACUUGCACCGAGCCAUCCAGAGAACUCAGUCAGCGAUGUUCAACCAGGUGUUGAUAUUAAUCUGCACUCUUCUGUGCCUUGUGUUUACUGGGACCUGUGGAAUCCAACAUCUAGAACGAGCAGGCAACAACCUAUCACUCUUCAAUUCUCUUUAUUUUUGUAUUGUUACUUUUUCUACUGUGGGAUAUGGUGACGUCACACCAAAGAUCUGGCCUUCACAACUUCUUGUGGUUAUCAUGAUCUGUGUUGCUUUAGUGGUUUUACCACUUCAGUUUGAGGAGCUAGUCUACCUGUGGAUGGAAAGACAAAAGUCUGGUGGCAAUUAUAGUCGUCACAGAGCGCAGACAGAGAAGCAUGUGGUGCUGUGUGUCAGCUCUUUGAAAAUUGAUUUACUAAUGGACUUUCUGAAUGAGUUUUAUGCUCAUCCACGACUUCAGGAUUAUUAUGUAGUGAUCUUGUGCCCGACUGAAAUGGAUAUUCAAGUUCGUAGGGUGCUACAGAUUCCCCUAUGGUCACAACGAGUGAUCUACCUUCAGGGAUCAGCACUUAAAGACCAAGACCUCAUGAGAGCAAAGAUGGAUGAUGCAGAGGCUUGUUUUAUUCUCAGCAGUCGAAAUGAGGUGGACCGAACAGCAGCGGACCACCAGACCAUCUUAAGAGCAUGGGCUGUGAAGGACUUUGCUCCCAACUGCCCACUUUAUGUACAGAUCUUAAAGCCAGAGAACAAAUUCCAUGUAAAAUUUGCAGAUCAUGUUGUUUGUGAAGAAGAGUUUAAGUAUGCAAUGCUGGCUCUAAACUGUAUCUGCCCUGCCACCUCCACAAUGAUCACCUUGUUAGUUCACACAUCAAGAGGACAGGAAGGCCAACAGUCUCCAGAGCAGUGGCAGAAGAUGUAUGGUCGAUGUUCUGGGAAUGAAGUUUAUCAUAUUCGACUUGGAGACAGCAAGUUCUUCGGAGAGUAUGAAGGGAAGAGCUUCACCUAUGCCUCCUUCCAUGCUCAUAAAAAGUAUGGUGUUUGCUUGAUUGGUGUCAAACGGGAAGACAAUAAAAGCAUUCUAUUAAACCCUGGGCCCCGCCACAUCAUGGCUGCCUCAGACACAUGCUACUAUAUCAAUAUUACCAAAGAGGAGAAUUCCGCCUUUAUCUUCAAACAGGAAGAGAAGCAUAAUCGCAAAGGCAUAUCUUCAGGGAGCUUUUACGCUGGUCCUUCUAGACUGCCUGUCCACAGCAUCAUCGCUAGUAUGGGAACAGUUGCCAUGGAUCUGCAGAACACAGAGUGUCAGCCAAAUAGUUGCACCAAGCUGGCAUUGCCAACAGAGAAUGGAGCAGAGAGCCGGAGACCAAGUAUUGCACCUGUGCUGGAGAUUGCAGACUCAGCCUCCAUUCUGCCAUGUGACCUCCUCAGCGACCAAUCAGAAGAUGAAAUGACUCAGUCUGAUGAUGAGGGCAUUCCAGCUCCCGAGUAUGUUAAAGGAUACCCUCCUAACUCUCCUUACAUUGGUAGCUCACCCACUUUGUGCCACCUUCUUCCACAGAAAGCACCCUUCUGCUGUCUAAGGCUAGACAAGGGUUGCAAGCAUAACAGUUUUGAAGAUGCCAAGGCUUAUGGUUUUAAGAAUAAACUCAUAAUUGUUUCAGCAGAGACUGCCGGAAAUGGGCUGUACAACUUCAUUGUGCCCCUGAGGGCCUACUACAGACCCAGAAAGGAGCUCAACCCCAUUGUGCUUCUUCUGGAUAACCCCCCUGAUAAUCACUUCCUGGAAGCUAUCUGCUAUUUUCCAAUGGUGUACUUCAUGGCUGGGACAAUUGACAAUCUUGACAACCUCCUGCAAUGUGGAAUCAUUUAUGCAGAUAAUUUAGUUGUGGUGGAUAAAGAAAGUACAAUGAGUGCUGAGGAAGACUAUAUGGCGGACGCAAAAACAAUUGUCAAUGUUCAGACCAUGUUCAGAUUGUUUCCCAGUCUCAGUAUUAUCACAGAACUUACUCACCCAUCAAAUAUGAGAUUCAUGCAGUUCCGAGCCAAAGACUGCUAUUCUCUUGCUCUUUCUAAACUUGAAAAGAAAGAACGUGAGAAAGGCUCUAACUUGGCUUUUAUGUUCAGGCUUCCUUUUGCUGCUGGGAGAGUUUUCAGUAUUAGCAUGUUGGACACUUUGCUUUACCAGUCCUUUGUCAAAGAUUACAUGAUCCCAAUUGCAAGACUCUUACUUGGGCUUGACACAACCCCUGGCUCAGGAUACCUGUGUGCUAUGAAAAUAACAGAAGAUGAUUUAUGGAUCCGAACAUAUGGCAGAUUAUUUCAAAAGCUGUGUUCUUCCAGUGCUGAAAUUCCAAUUGGCAUCUAUCGAACAGAAUCUCACAUGUUUUCAGCAUCUGAGUCUCAAGAUAUUGCUGCACAGUCUCAGGUUUCUAUUAAUGUAGAAGACUGCGAAGACACUAAAGAAGCGAAAGAAACGUGGAGUCAUAAAAACAACCAUCGCAACUCUACCUCCAGUGAUCAGUCUGAGCACCCACUACUUAGAAAGAAAAGUUUGCAGUGGGCCCGGCGACUAAGUCGAAAAGGUCCCAAGCAAACAAGUAAGACAGAAUGCAUGAGCCAGCAAAGGGUAAACUUAUACAGACGUUCAGAGAGACAAGAGCUUUCUGAGCUUGUCAAGAACAGAAUGAAGCAUCUGGGUUUGCCUACCACUGGUUAUGAGGAUGUAGCAAAUUUAACAGCGAGUGAUGUGAUGAAUCGGGUAAAUCUUGGAUAUUUGCAAGUGACACUUACAGAUGAAAUGAAUGACCACCAGAACACGUUAUCAUAUGUCUUGAUCAACCCACCUCCAGACACACGCCUGGAAUUGAAUGACAUUGUUUACCUGAUCCGAUCAGACCCUCUGGCACACGUGCCAAGUGAAUCUCAAGAAGGAAAAGGAUGCUUCGGCUUGAAACAAGAAUUUGGAAGUGAAACAAGAGAUGAAACAACACUGUAGAAAUGACCUGUGAGCUUCAGUGUGCCAUAUCUUUUUGAUGUUAACCUCUUAGAAGAGGUGUAAUACACGGAGCCUUAUCCAUGGACAGUGCCCCUGGGCGGCUGGUACUGGGGGACAAAGAAAGGGAACAAGACAGUAAAGGAAAGAGAGAUGCUGAAGGUAGCUGAAGCAUGGCGGUUAUUCAGCAUGGAUUAUCAGGUGGAUCAGCUCAUGUGAAAUGCUGCUUUGACUAGGUUUGUGAAGACAGGAGGGAAAAUAUCAUUUUUUGAAGUUUUAGCUCAGGACCUUUUUUUUUUUUUUUUUACAAAAGAAAUUUUAUCAUGGAAAAGAGCAAAGAGUUGGAACUUGUUCCCCAUAGUAGAAAGAGCAUAACUUCUUAUGGACAGUGUUUCUUCUCAUGAUACAUUUCUUUUAGUAGUUCAGGGGUUGCUGACUUCUUCAGUGAAAUACUUUUAACCCGUUAUGUCACAAUGGUAUGACAAGGACACCGCUUAUAGUGUCUUCUGCAAUUUCCCUGACAAUUCCGACUCAACUGGCAUUGAUUACUGGAAAAUCAACAUUCAAAAGAAAAUAUGAAUGUAACUUUAAAAGACUAUUUAUUAAAAAUAUAAUUGUCUUAAGGCAUAACUUAGGAUAUGAAGAGUUAAGUAAUGAAUAUAUUGUGCAAAGACCAGGAAGGCAGCCAAAUUAUUUAUUUAUCUUCUAAUUUAUUUAUUGUUUGUGGCAUUACUAUGUUAUGAGAAACUAGAGCAAACUAGCUGGCACAAUAGCAAUUUGUGUUUUAAUACUGCCAUGUGUUUCUUCCAGAUUAGCGCCUCAUAGCUUAAGUAUGGAGCGGUGUGCAUUUCAUUGUAAUUUCCCAACGACUCACAUUAACAGGAGAGGGAACUCUACAACCAAACUUGCAUGCACAUCCGAAAAAUUAUUUUAGUGUAUUAGUAUUCCUAGAAGUAGUGAAAACUUAGCAAACAAGGACCAACCAUCUCUCACUUAAAUGGCCUUUUACUCCUAAUUAAACUCAAAUUGCAUUUUCUGAGAUUUUCUGCACUUUUUUUAAUGGUUACCCAGUAAUGUACAUUCAUGUAAUUAUCAUUAAGGGGAAAUUAAUAACUUUUAUAUGUUGAAUAUUUACCAGUCAAGAGAAAAUGACAUAGCAGAAGGCAAUCAUGUUUGUUUUAGUUAUUAAAGAGAUCCAACCAGAUCAGAAGCCACACUGAUCUUUUUAAAAAAUGUCUGUGGUUUAUUAAAAAAUCGAUUCCUAAAUAGAGAAUCCAUAGAAGUGGACCUUUGUUAAAUAACUCAAAGUUACCUACACUGAAAAACACAAAUUUUAAGAUACCUAAUCUUUGGGCUGGUCCUGGAUAGGUCAAAUUUUGAGAAUUGUAGGCAACAUAAAGGUGUUAAUGUACAUACGUCCAUAAACAAUUGUAAGCAUCCAUGCUAUACAUUCUGCUUAAUUUUUAACGUACUUAGGCGCUCCGUUAAUAUUUACCUGCCACGAUGCCCCAGGAUUAAUGCUACAUCCCUGUACCACACAUCUGAAUUAUUUUAAACAUUCAAAUCAAUGAUGUCUGAGGAGAAUUAUCUGGAGAACUGUAAUGCUAUCGCAAUUCAAAUGGUCUACAUUUGCAAGUAUUACUUAUUUAGUUUUCAUAUUGCCGCAUAUCCUGAUCUGAGCGUACAUGAAGUACAAGUCUUCCUUAGCCACAAAGCCCCACUUCAGUUUGUUUCCUGUAUACACUUUCAAGGCUAAGCCUACGUUUCUAUGGGUGACUUCUCUAGUGUCUCGCCCAUUUCUCUGUUAUGACAUUAUGUCUAACUCCGUCUCACCCACUGAGGAAGUUUCAUGGACAUCUUCCAUUCAUUCUGGUAUAUCUGAACAGCACAAAGGCAGGCCGUUUUCUAAAGAGGAUCAUUUGUUUACCAGCUGCAAUGGCAUUUCUCCAUUUCUACACUCUCCUUAUGAAUAGUAGUAUGCCCUCGUGAGACCACCGUUGCCUCCUUUUACCCUAAUUGUUUGUUUUCCUUGUAGACUCAAAUAUAUUUGAUGAAAUCCUGCCGAGGUUCACCAGACUUCUGAGUCCCGUUUAAAAUGCAGCAUAUGACAUGUUUCAAACUCGAAGUGAGCCAGCUUGUACCCUUGUCCUUUAUUUUAACUCUCCAUUUGUAAAGAUACUGUGACAUUUACCCUUAUGGAAUUCUCCUGUACGUUACAAAAGCAGGCAUUUCUUUAUCUGUGUACAUACAUAAUUUAAAAACUAAUCCACUCCUGUCAGCUACCUUGUGGCCGUAAUUGUAACUCAACAGAAUCCAUUCCAAUCGAACAAUUCCAUCUAACUACAAUGUAACUAAAGUGGCGUUUCUUUCUGACUAGCGAUUGAGUGCACUUCAUAAUUCACGCAAAGAUGUCCUUCCUUCCUUCCUUCUGUCCGUAUACUACCAGCGUUUCCAGUUGAGAGUCGUGAGAAGCCUGGGCUCAUCCUGGCUGCAUUUAAAUACCAACAGUGUUCAUUUUACAUACCACAUCACAAAUUGUCAAAGCUCUCCAAGAUCAAGAACUAGAACUGACUUUUUGAUAAGGAGAAAUUCAUGAUCAAUGUGAACUUAACAUAAAUGCGCAUAUGUCAUGUAUGCAUAGUUCUAUAAAUGACUCAUUAGUGCCAUAUUGUUGGUGUGUCCCAAAUUGAUAUAUUCUGCAUUUGUUUGGAGCCCCGCUCGCUUUCCAUUUACAGGGUGUCAAAAACACUUCCAAAACAACAAAACUGAAAAGAUACAUUUCUCCCGUCAACAUCUUGUCUUCGGUCCAAAUGGUCUUCUCUUCCUUCUUUUAACACACCCGUGGACACUUCUGCUCUCCUAAUCCCCUCCACAGAGAGUCCAUCCAGCUACAAAUAAGCCACUCACCAUAUGAGGAGUUCUCGCUUUAUUGUCCUUCUCCACACAACUCCUUGUGAACUUUGUGAAGACAAAGACAAGUUCUGUGCUCUUUCUGGGGGGUUAAUGCAAUUAUUUAUCAAGCAUUACAGUAUAUACAGGACUUGAGGCAACAUGGCUGUCUAAAGUAAAUAGAAAAUGCAGGAGUAAGUGUAUAGUUUGAAUGUGUAUUUAUAUAUAUUGUAUAUAUAAUUAUUUGUAUUAAUUUAUUGUUAUUUAUUUUAUCGUUCAUUUGUUUUGUUUUUUAAUUUUAAAAUCAGUAUUGAUUAUAUCAGCCAUAUCAUUGCAUUAGGCUUUCAUUUUGCAUAUGUUUUUGCUUAUAACCAAAGAGAAAUGGCAUUGGGUUCCGAUUUCUGGUAUGUGGUGGGCACAUAAAAAGUCCACAAAUGUUACAAAACAAAAGUAAAUAAAUUGGAGUUUAUCAGCUCCUGUUAUGGUGAACAUGUUUUGACACAAGGAACCGCAGCUUUGUGGGAGUCCCACUGCCCACCCAAACCUGUCACCCACCUAGCCCACUAAAGGGACUUUCUCACACCUCUGCCAUCUUCUGUUGUACUGAUCCAUGGGCAUCAUGCAGUGUAAUGAGUCACCUCGUAAGGGACAGGCAGGACUAGUGGGCUAAGGGGGGGGGGCCACCAUAGGAAAAACUGAAAUUCAGAAAACGUUGGUCUGAAUGCCCAAAGACUUUUGAUUUUCCUUGUUUGUUAUUGCAUAAGGCCGGCAUUAAAUCAUUUUCACUUUUGAUAUAUGCAUCAGUGAAAUUGAACUGUAAGCAUGCAAGUUGACGAAAAGACGUUCAUUAUCAAAGUCAAUCAUUUCAAAGAAGACAAACUGUAUUUAAAAACUGCAUGGCGUCUGCAUGGUCUCCCUGGGUCUGAGUUGGGUUUCCUCCCACAGUCCAAAGACAUGAAGGUUAGGUGGACUUGUGUGUGUGUGUGUGUGUGUGAGUGAGU